UUUCCUUCUGCUCUGUUCACACUCACACACUUCUGUUUGGAGAGCCACUGGGAUGUGACAGUAAAUCAGAGAGAAGAUGAUUCAAAGACUCACCGGGAAGAACUCAGUGAAACAGAAUGCGAGCUGGAUGCCACAUAAAUGAGUGAAACUGGGGAACUAUGAACCAUAAAGCGUGACUGCUUCAGUUUGGCCUCUGCAGAGCUGGACUCAAACAAGAAAGGUUGGUGGAGACGCACACGGCACAAUCUUCAGAAGAGCUUCGAGAAAGGUUCUGUACCUCUGAUGGAUGUCCACGCUGCUUUUCUACAUUUGGAGCUCUGAAGCUUGGCCGAUCUCUGACCUGCUGCUUGACCUUUGACCUCUGAGUGACCUCUUAAGGAAUCACAGCAAUAAAACGUGCCUUGCGACUCCAGAUCUACAGGAUGUUCUGGAAGCUGGCAAUACCUGCCAUUUUGGCAUGGACCCUUUUUGUAUCCACAGAGACCAAGAGGCCACGCCCCCAAGGUUCCAUCCCCUCCCCUUACAAGCUAAAAGGCAAUGAUUUAUCAUCACCAACCCACACACUUGUGUCAUUGCCCCAGCAUACAUCUGCACGACGACAGAAAGGCAAACACGACAUGCUGUCGUCGAGUCGUGAGGCCCUGGUGGUCACUGAGAGGAAGUACCUGAAGAGCGACUGGUGCAAAACACAGCCAUUACGUCAAACGGUGAGUCUGGAGGGCUGCCUGAGCCGAACGGUCAUCAACAGGUUCUGCUACGGCCAGUGUAACUCCUUCUACAUCCCACGCCACCUGACGUCUCAAACCUCACAUCGAAGUCGAAAAACAGCGUCCAUGCCAGACUACAACACUUCAUUCCAGUCUUGUGCAUUCUGUCGGCCAAGCCGGAUAACCACAGUCACUGUACGGCUUCACUGUCCUGGGCUACAGCCACCGUACCGACAACGAAAAGUGCAGCGGAUCAAGCAGUGCAAAUGUGUGUCUGUUAAUGUCAAUGCUGCAUACUGAGAAGGCACACAUAUGAAACAAUGCUAUAGAGUGUUCUUUUUGGAAAAACUGGGGCCACCCAACAAUUAAUGUGUGAAAUGUGCCAAAGACAACAGCUAAUCAGAAGACUGGCCACCAUCAUUAUGUCUGGACUGUACCAAGUAUGCUACCCAGGAAUGCUUAAUAGCUGCCGAGCAGCGAUGGAACACAAAGAUGGAUUUUUCUUCUUUUUUGACAAAUAUAAUGAAGCUGAGAGUUAAAUUACAUACAAGACUGAAACAGUAA